CGCUGCCCAGCUGUUUUGUCCCUACCCAGCAGGCAGUUAUGGCUUCCUUCACCGUGAAGGCCUAUCUUCUGGGCAAGGAGGAGGCGGCCCGCGAGAUCCGUCGCUUCAGCUUCUGCUUCAGCCCGGAGCCGGAGGCGGAAGCCGAGGCCGCGGCCGGCCCAGGGCCGUGCGAGAGGCUGCUGAGCCGGGUGGCCGUGCUGUUCCCCGCGCUGCGGCCUGGAGGCUUCCAGGCGCACUACCGCGAUGAGGACGGGGACUUGGUUGCCUUUUCCAGUGAUGAGGAGCUGACAAUGGCCAUGUCCUAUGUGAAGGAUGACAUCUUCCGCAUCUACAUUAAAGAGAAGAAGGAGUGCCGGCGGGACCAUCGUCCACCCUGUGCCCAGGAGGCAUCCCGGAACAUGGUGCACCCCAAUGUCAUUUGUGAUGGUUGCAAUGGGCCUGUGGUGGGAACUCGCUACAAGUGCAGUGUGUGCCCAGACUACGACCUGUGCAGCGUCUGCGAGGGGAAGGGCCUGCACAGGGAGCACAGCAAGCUCAUCUUCCCCAACCCCUUUGGCCACCUCUCUGAUAGCUUCUCUCACAGCCGCUGGCUUCGGAAGCUGAAACAUGGGCAUUUUGGCUGGCCUGGCUGGGAGAUGGGCCCUCCAGGGAACUGGAGUCCACGGCCUCCUCGGGCAGGGGACGCUCGUCCUUGUCCCACAGCUGAGUCGGCUUCUGCUCCAUCAGAGGACCCCAGCGUCAAUUUCCUGAAGGAUGUGGGGGAGAGUGUGGCAGCUGCCCUCAGCCCUCUAGGCAUUGAAGUUGACAUUGAUGUGGAACAUGGAGGGAAGAGAAGCCGGCUGACACCAGCCUCCCCAGAAAGUUCCAGCGCAGGCACAGAAGGGAAGAGCAGUACUCAGCCAAGUAGCUGCUCUUCAGAAGUUAGCAAAUCGGAUGGGGCAGAGGAGGGCCCUGCACAGUCUCUGACAGAGCAAAUGAAAAAGAUCGCCUUGGAGUCAAUGGAACAGCCAGAGGAACAGAUGGAAUCUGAUAACUGCUCAGGAGGAGAUGAUGACUGGACACAUUUGUCUUCCAAAGAAGUGGACCCAUCCACAGGUGAACUCCAGUCUCUACAGAUGCCAGAAUCAGAAGGGCCAAGCUCUCUAGACCCCUCGCAGGAAGGACCCACAGGUCUAAAGGAAGCUGCCCUGUACCCACAUCUCCCACCAGAGGCUGACCCCCGGCUGAUCGAGUCACUCUCCCAGAUGCUGUCCAUGGGUUUCUCUGAUGAAGGUGGCUGGCUCACCAGGCUCCUACAGACCAAGAAUUAUGACAUCGGAGCUGCUCUGGACACAAUCCAGUAUUCAAAGCACCCUCCACCAUUGUGACAGUGCUUGUACCCAAGUCCCGUAACCCACCCCUUUGUCUUCUAGUUACCCUGAGUAGAGCAGCAGGGCCUCUAUAGGGCCAGGUUCUUGGCAUUCUUCCAGAGUCAGCGGGUGGGAAUGUUUGAAGCCUUUUAGGCAGUAGGAAAGUGACACGAGGGGAAAGUUCCAGGUGUGCGCAUGCUGGUGCCUGAGGACAGAGCUAGGUACCUGUGGGUGGCCUUCCUCUGCCUUCCCUAGGCCUGGCCUUGCCAGGGAGCUGCAGAGGCAGACUGCACUCCUAUUUGAUCUUGCCGCCAGCAUCAUACCAACAGUCCAGAGUUCUUGCCUGAUGGCCUUCUGUUUCCUUUGUUAGAAGUGAUUAACACACUAAUAGUUAUUUUCAAUAAGUAAAACAAUUAUGUUAAGAGGGGGCUGUCCACAGUGAGUCAAAGUGGUAGGCAACUGGGGCCUAUGGCUCCUGGGGAUGGAGAACUCACAUGAAUCUAACUGAAGGGUCUCACUAUGCACUGUUUCCCUUUUUAAUGACCACACUUCAGUUUUUGUGUUUAAUGUUGAUGCUUAAAGAAAACCCCAUGUAUCUUCCUCUGACUCGAUGUUUAAGUAACCUGUAAUAAAAUGGCAUAUGCACUUUAA